AUGGUUGGAGGCGGUAACGGCAAGGCAGAAGCCGAGGCCGUCGAGAUUGCGCGCGCCGGCGCCCAACAGAUCGACAGCCUGAUUGACCAAAUGGAGCAAGAGCUUGCUGAGGCUGGCGGUCUCGAAUCCGGCUUCUUCCAUGCCGAGUUCACGAAUCCCAAACACUUCACGUGGCUGUUGGUAGCCUUUGCCAGUAUGGGAGGCUUGCUUUCUGGUCUGGAUCAGAGCCUCAUCUCUGGCGCCAACUUGUAUCUCCCAAGGGACUUGGGCCUGGACCGGCAACAAAACAGCUUGGUGAACUCUGGCAUGCCGCUCGGCGCUGUCGGCGGUGCCCUGAUUCUGUCCCCCGCAAAUGAAUACUUUGGAAGAAAAGGCGCAAUCUAUCUCUCACUGGUUCUGUAUACCCUCGGAGCUGCUCUUGAAGCUGGGGCCGUCAAUUUCGGCUCCAUGGUUGCCGGUCGUGUCAUUCUCGGCCUUGGAGUAGGUCUAGAAGGUGGUACGGUUCCGGUCUAUGUUGCUGAGACGGUAGAGCGCCGUGUCCGAGGCAAUCUGGUGUCGUUAUAUCAGCUGAUGAUUGCCUUGGGAGAGGUUCUUGGCUAUGCGGUGGCGGCCAUGUUUCUCAAAGUCCCCGGAAACUGGAGAUAUAUCCUUGGGUCUUCCCUCGUGUUCUCCACCAUUAUGUUUGCUGGCAUGCUCUUCCUUCCCGAGAGUCCUCGUUAUCUCAUGCACAAAGGUAGAGCUCUAGACGCCUUCAAAGUGUGGAAGCGUAUCCGAGGACUUCACUCGGCCGAGUCCAAAGAGGAGUUCUUUGUCAUGGCGGUUGCUGCUCGUCAAGAGGCUGCAGCAGUUACACAGGUUGCCCAAAACCGUCGAUUCCCGUGGAUGGAUUUUUUUACUGUCCCUCGUGCUCGCCGAGCCUUGGUUUAUGCCAACAUUAUGAUUUUGCUAGGACAGUUGACUGGUGUCAAUGCCAUCAUGUAUUACAUGUCUGUGCUCAUGAGUCAAAUUGGGUACGAUGCCGAAAGGGCAAAUUACAUGUCACUGGUCGGGGGUGGCUCGCUCCUGCUGGGCACGAUUCCCGCCGUCCUUCUGAUGGAGACAUGCGGCAGAAGGUUCUGGGCCAUCAUGAUGCUGCCCGGAUUCUUUCUCGGUUUGGUUCUCAUUGGCAUUGCCUAUCAGAUCAACAUCGACACGCAUACCAUGGCUGCUGAAGGAUGUUAUCUCACCGGUCUCAUCAUUUACAUGGGCUUCUUUGGUUCCUACGCCUGUCUGACUUGGGUCGUCCCCUCCGAGGUUUACCCAACCUAUCUUCGAAGUUACGGCAUGACUACCUCUGACGCCUUGUUGUUUUUGGCUUCCUUCAUCGUCACCUACAAUUUCACCGCCAUGGAAGACGCCAUGGGUCGUACCGGUCUUACCUUGGGCUUUUAUGGAGGCAUCGCUGUUGUCGGCGAGGUCUACCAAGUUUUCUUCAUGCCCGAGACCAAGAACAAGACGCUCGAGGAGAUUGACCAGGUCUUCUCCCGCCCCACCAUGGAUAUCGUGAGGGAGAAUUGGGCUGGCGUGAAGGAGAACAUGUCAAACUUGCUCCAGGGUCGCUUCCGAAAGGUCUUUGCUGCCCAACCCGAUUGUCACCCAAGCGUCGACGGAGACCUCGAGAAGCCCCUCGCUUAG